UUUUGUACUUUGUUUUCUUCCUGAUUAAUCACCUCCAAGUUGAAGAGUUCUGAACGAUUCGUACUCAAUAUCAUUCGAAAUUUGCCACAAUUCGCUUCGCUCUACUAAAAAGUUGGUAAACGUUUCCUUAAAUAAACUGAAACCUUCAAAGGAGGCUACAAUUUUCUGCUGAAGACCAAUGCCUUUCACAGUACUGGAUGGAGGGACGGCCACGGAGCUCGUCCGCCUGGGGCAUAGCAGUAUUGAUGGUGACGCCUUAUGGUCUGCUAGACUACUCUAUUCCCACCCAGAUGUCGUAAAGCAGGUCCACAAAAACUUUCUUGAGGCGGGAAGCAACCUUGCUGUGACAACCAGUUAUCAAGCAUCUGUCGGUGGAUUUAUGGAGCACCUUCAUAUUACUAACUCUGAGGCUAUUGAGUUAAUUCAACGCAGUGUUCAUUUGGCAAGAAACGCUUGCGACGAAGUUGCCCAGUCUCAAGGUACAGCUCCAGGGUUGGUAGCUGGAUCGGUAGGUCCGUAUGGCGCCUGUCUUCUUGAUGGGUCUGAAUAUACUGGUGCAUACAUGGACGCGUUGUCAGAUGAGGAAAUAUUGGAAUGGCAUAAACCGCGUCUCCAAGCGCUGGUGUCGGCAGGUGUUGACCUGGUUGCCAUAGAAACCAUCCCAUCCCAACGCGAAGCUGAACUUUUGGUCAGACUGAUAGAGCAAGAGUUCCCUGACAGCAAAGCCUAUGUUACUUUCUCAUGCAAGAAUGAGACUGAAGUUUGCCAUGGUGAACAGUUCCGUGAUGCUGUGGCCUCUGUCUCAUCAUCAACCAAUGUUGAAGCAGUUGGUUUAAACUGUACUGCCCCACAAUAUGUGACUCCACUGCUGAAGAGUAUUCAGGGGCUGAAACUGCAGAAGCCUAUCAUUGUGAAACCAAACAGUGGCGAGAGUUGGACGCAUCAUGCUGGGUGGGCAGGACGGGACUCCGUCCAAGAGUUUUCCAGUCUUGUAUCAGAGUGGGUGGAGCAUGGGGCAACCUGGAUUGGAGGGUGUUGUCGGGUGUAUCCCGAGGACAUAAGAAAAAUAGCAUGCAUCCUGAAAUCACUACAAACUAUUUGAAUGCUAGGGAGGACACAAUCAAUAUGUCAUGUAUACUGAAAUCACGGCAAAUUAUCCGAUUGUUUAAGGUUUUGGUGUUGAAGUUGUAACUGAUGACAGUUUUAUCAUUUUAGCAUGAACUAUUUACUUGUGCGGUCAUUGUCGUGUUAUAUAACUUGGGAGACAUUUGUGAAAUAACAUGCAUAAUGACGUAGCUUUAAAACACUUGAAUGUUAAAGUGCUUUGCCUUUGGUGUUCAAGGAAUGUCGAUGCUGAUGAUAGUUUAGAUUACUAACGAGUUACUUGUCCAAUUUGUGAAUGUAUCAGGAGACAUUUGUGAAAUACGUAAUGCAUUUCCUAGAAAACACUGUAAUGAUGCUAAAGUUAAUUUUUGAAUUACGAGAAAUAAAAAGUACUUAUAGGUAAUACAGUUUAUAUGACAUAAAUGAUAAAUAUGG